AUGAGCAAUAUUAGAGUCCAGGACUCCAUGUUUUCUAGCACUCGAUCUGUGAUAUCAACCAAAAAUCUUGAAAAUGAUGCUAGUUUUUAUGUGAAGCUCAAUAGAUUUUAUGCAUCAAACAUUACAUUCGGUGAUACAGGAAGCAUAUUACUAUUUCAACACGGUCUAAUAAAUACUGUAGUUGUUGAAGAUUCAAUUUUCACAAGCCUCAAUUCUGCUUCUAUCUCAGCCUCAAGCUCAGGUUUAGAGAGAAACCUGACAAAUGGAGUGACUUUCAAAAAUUGCACUUUUGAAAAUAUUGCGUCACCUUCUCAAUCAUUCUUUAAAUUUUUUGAGAAAGCUGUCAUUAAUUUCAUUGGUAGUAGUUUCAGUUCUAUUUCAGUCUCUUUUGAUAGAGCAGGUGUUAUUGAGGCAAGCUCUAAUUCAAUCGCUAAAUUCUCAUAUUGCAACUUUACAGAUAACGCUGCAGUGACCUCAACUCUGUUUACAAUAUCAUCAGGAGCUUAUCUCGAAUGAAACUCUUGAUUGAUUACGAACAACUUUGGAGUAACCAACGGAGUUGUUUCAGUCUCAAGCAAUGGGUACUUCAAGUUCUAUGGCUCAGAUAUUUUUGGAAACAUUGCUAUCCAAACACCCAUUGGACAGAUCUUUGAUGCUUCUCAGACCAGUAUUUUUGAUAAUUGCAAAAUACACAAUAACUCUAUCAUGACUUCUCAAGAGUUUGAGCGGGAAGCCACUGAGAGUUGAUCAAAAUUAUGAUUUGCAUCUCAAAGUCUUAUUGAAUAUAUUUUUACAAAUCAAGAGCAUAACAUCGCUGAAGGAUCCUAUAUAUUAGAAGCUGUUUCAGGAUCCAUUGAAAUUCUGAAUCAAACACAAAUUUACAAUCAGAAUGGAGUAUUAAAUCUGUAUAUGAGUGCAUGAACAAUCGAAGAUUCACUCAUAAGAGAUAUAAAUUUUACAAUCACUCCAAUUAAAGCUACUUCUUCAACAUUGGAAUGUUAUGACUUAAAUCUCAACAACAUUCAAGACGGUACUGACAGAGAAAUAUUAUUGAUCAAUGACGAAUCCAAAUUUAUCGCAAGCAAUGUUACAUACAAUAAUUCAAAUGCCAAAUUUAUUAAAGCACUAGCUGGAGAAGCUAGUCUGACUAACUUUGUGGCUCGAAAUGUCUCUAACUUUAGCACUCUUUUUCAAUUUUAUUCAUUAGAUGCUGUAUCUUUAAGUAAUGUAACUUUCUUAGAGUUAGAAACAAAUUCAGAUCAAGUUAUUCUGAUUGAGAAUGCUCAAAACAUAUAUGUAGACACACUUGUUAUCAGUGGAAUCCAAACAGCAGCAGUUUCAGUUAUGAACUCUGUGGCUGAGUCAAUCAACAAUAUUCAAAUUUCCAGCUGUCUAAAAUCAAUAAUAGCAAUUGAUUCUCACAUUAAACGACUUGAGAACUCAAGUUUCACAAGCAAUGGAAUCCAAAACAAUUUGGUAUCUGGAGGAGCAAUCUCGAUGUUUAAUAGUGAUGUAACUAUAAGAAACACCACAUUCUCCAACAAUACGGCAGACAGAGCCGGAGCUAUUGCGUUCGAAUGAGACUCCACAGAUAAAUGCAGCCUUAUUUUAGAGAACACCAUUUUCAGCAAUAAUAGUGCAUCUGUGAAAGGUGGAGCCAUCUACUACAGUCUGAAACGUCCAGAUAUUGUGGAUUCAGUGUUUACUGACAAUUCAGCCAAAUAUGGAGACAAUCUUGCAAGUUAUCCAGUCAAAGUCAGAAUAGAAGGCCAGCCUGAUUCUUACAUCAAGUUCACAGAUGUUGGGUCUGGAGUAGCAAUGUCAUCUUCUCUUGUGUUUGCAUUGCUCGACUUUGACAACCAAGUUGUAAGCUUGAACAGCGAAGACACAUUUGGAAUAUUUGCACCUAUUGGAUCAAAUGCCACAGUUAAAGGAGUCAACUCUGUAAACUUUAAUGCAGGAAUUGCCAUAAUCGAAGGAAUUAUGUUUGUGGACCAACCAGGCUCCAAGAAUAUGAAGUUUGAUAGCUCUACUGCAGCAAUUGACAAAGGAAGGGUGUCACUGGCAUUUCCAGAUCAGGAUUUCAAUAAUGACAUCACAGUCAACUUCAGAUUUUGCCAACCUGGAGAAGAAGCCACAGAUCAAGGAACUUGCAGGGAAUGUGAUGCUGGCACAUACUCUCUUGAAUGGAAUUCUACUGAGUGCAUCAAAUGCAUGGACAAUGCUUUGUGAUUGGGAAGGAACCAAGUUAGUGUCGAUCCAGGGUACUGGAGAUCAUCUCAGACAUCUGAAUUUAUCACUGAAUGACUGGUCAAAGAGUCGUGAGAAGGAGGAUUCACAAACUCUACUUUGAACCCAGUAAAUUGAGCUGAAGGAUAUCAGGGAGAACUAUGUUCUCACUGACUAGUUAAUGAGAUGGUAAAAUACAGAAAAGUAAGCAAUGUAAAAUGUGAUAAAUGUCCAGCUAUGAUCGCAAACACAUUCUUGGUUGUGGGACUAGCUUUGCUUACAUUUAUAUUCAUGAUGGCUCUCAUAAUUAUUAACAUUAGAAAAACAAAGGAAAGUCAGCUGUCAGUUCUGCUAAGAAUCAUGACUAAUUACUUUCAGAUGAUUUUCACCUCUCUAUCGUUGACUACUAACUAUCCCACUUCGCUAAUGGCUUUCUUCGAGAUUCCAAAAAUGUUUGGAGAUGCUUCAGAUACUUUCUUAUCUGUAGACUGAUUUAUUAGAGAUUAUGACAUCGAAGGCCCCUUUGGAUCAAAUGCUAUUUUCAAACUCUUCUUAUUGAUAUUGCUUCCUCUUGUUUUAUUUUUAUUGGUUGCUUUUAUUUGGAUUGCAGUACACUUUUUGAAAAGAAAGUAUGUCAAAGAUCUGAAGCGAAAUCUGAUUAUAUCCUUCAUUAGUAUAUUGUUCUUACUUCACCCCAAAUUGACUGAACAGAGUCUGGGUUUAUUCAGGUGCAUUGAUGUCAAUGUAGACGACAGCAGAGUCAGAAUGGAUACCAACAUCAAAUGCUAUUCUGGUGAACACAUCAAAUGGCUAUUGUUGAUAUCAGGACCAUGCAUUAUUGUGUGGGUUGUGUCUCUACCUUUGACUGCUCUUGUAAUACUUUUCUACAACUCUAAGAAACAAGAAGAUAAUAGAAUCAAACAGUAUUUCUUGAUUUUAUACCAAGGCCUCAAGAAAGAUAAGUUUUAUUGGGAAUUCGUCAACACUGCAAGGAAGAUCUUGAUCUUGGUGAUUUUCCCAUUACCGACACUAAUUAAAAUGAUGGUUGCAAUCAUGAUUUUAACCAUCCUUGCUCGGUUGCAGAUCAAGCUUCAGCCAUACAAUGAUGUUGAAAAUAACAAAAUAGAAAUCUUGGCAACUAGUGCAGGGAUUAUUACCAUCUUCAGCGGCUUAUUAUAUUCUCAGCCAGAUGAAAUGAAAGUUUUGAACACAGUUGCUCUCUUGUUCUGAAUCUGUAUAAACACUCAUUUUAUUAUCAACUGGAUGUAUCUCCUAGUAAAACUAUUUAGAGGUUCUUCUAAAAUAUUUCAAGUUAUCUACAAACUUACCAGCUUUGUUCUUUGUAAGCGUGUAUCUAAAGAGCCAUUGGAUUCUAAAGAGAUUUUGAAGGACCUAACACAACAUCGAAACAAGCCGAAAAAGUACAGAAAUCAUAAGAGAAGAGUCAACUUAAAAGCCCAUAAUCGAUUGAAGAAGAGAAAGAGACAACAAAAGAAUGGACAAUUGCUUACCAAUAGAAUAAGGAAUAUAGUGAGACCAAAUCACCAGCAGACAAGUGACCGCCUGAACAUCUCCACCUGGAGAAACCAGCCUUCCGCCCAGUCCCGCUCUCCCGUAUUCCCAUUUGCCAAUACAAAUUCUUAA